UCUUGGCUUCAUCACUGGUUCUAAACUGGGUCCUUCCUGUGCCCUCUAUCCCUGUGGCAGAAGUGCUGCCGAUAUAAAAAGCAAACUGCAGCUCAACUAGCCAUAGUGGGGGAGUGAAGAGCAGGGGGGACCAUGGAUUUCAUGAGCAUUCAGCAGUUGAUAAGUGAUGAGAGAGCUGAGGGCAAAGUUCCAGGGAUCAGACAUGGAGUCCCUGAUCCUGGAGGCUGGAGAGGUGACCCAAGACUAGGUCCUCUCUGGACUGUGGCUUUGGAGAAACAAAAGUUAGUGGAAGAAAAAAGGAAGAAGCUCGAGACUUUUAACAAUUCCAGGGUGAAGCUUGAGAGUCUAGAUGACUUGGAGAAUUUGGUACGGAAACGAAAAGAAAAGCGCCUAAAACGGAGGGUCCCCCCUAGGGUGCCAGGUCCCCCAGUUCAGCUGCAGCUCCUGUCCCAGCAGCAGCCUGUAGACCUCGAGACAUUUCUGAAGGCAGCUGUUGAAAACCAAGAGCUCCUGAUUGACAAGUACCUGGCAGACGGUGGUGACCCUGAUGCCCAUGACAUGUUUCAUCGAACAGCCUUGCACUGGGCAAGCCUGAAGGGUCAUAGCCAGAUUGUGGACAAACUACUGGAGGCAGGUGCCACAGUGGAUGCUCGAGACAUGUUGGACAGGACACCUUUGUUCUGGGCCUGCCGUGGAGGACACCUAAACAUCCUUAAAAAGCUGCUCAACCAAGGGGCUAAAGUCAAUGCCCGGGACAAGAUCUGGAGUACACCCUUGCACGUGGUUGUUCGGACAGGACACUGUGACUGCCUUGAACACCUUAUUGCUUGUGGGGCCCAGAUUGAUAAACAAGAUAAGGAGGGAGAUACAGCCUUACAUGAGGCAGUACGGCAUGGCCGUUACAAGGCCAUGAAGAUAUUGCUGCUCUAUGGGGCCUCGCUGGGUGUUCAAAAUGCUGAGGCAAUGACACCUGUACAACUAGCACGAGAUUGGCAGAGAGGCAUCCAGGAAACACUACGGGCCUAUGUCGGGCAUCCCCGAACUCGUUGCUGAAGACACAAAACCAUGUAGAUGCUCCUACCAUUCCAUCCCCUUCCCUUUGGUCCCUUUUCUACUAGUUAUGGGUGGUUCCCUGGCCAUAAAUUGGGAUGUUCCCAAGUCUAAUCCCUUAUCCUAUUGGGCAUUUAUCUGUUUCCACCUCCCUCCCCAAUUCCUAGGGAUCUAUAUAGAAGUCCAGAUUAUUUAUUUUGCCCUUGAAUUAACCCUGGUAGCUACCUCAAUGAAAAAAAAAAUCCCAUUAAGAGAAAGCAAGGUCAGGAUUAAGGAUGGACUUUACAAAUAGCUCUAAGAGGUGUCCUGUUUGGUUUAAACCAAUCAGACAGUAAUUUCUCUAGAGGGUAGGAGAGAAGAAACUCAAGUUUGUGGGUGGUAACAGUGAAGUGAAUGAGGGUAAGGUUUAAGAUACUCACAAAGGUAAAGUUAGGGCUAGUGAAGAUUAGGGAGAUGGAAAUUAUUUGGUGGUGGAUCAACUGUGGUCCCACAAAAGCUGUUCAGAAGCAUCAGAACCAGAGUUGCUCUUUAGCUGGUGGCUGAUCUCAAUUCUGUAGCAAUUUCUCUAGGGACUCUUCCUCAGCAGCAGCAACCCUGAUGGUGAUGGGGUGUGGCCCCACUAGAAAGUUCCAGUCUUAGGGAUUCAUGAGUUGGUGGUUGUGACCUCAGCAGAGCUUUAGUAUGCUCUGGGGGGCUUUUUCAUUCUGUCUGUAAAACCCUGGGUCCAUAACCAACUCUAGUUGUUCCAGAUUCCCCCAAGACUGACAAAUUAGAGUAUCUUCCCAGGGGAGUCAUUCCCCUUGAGCUUUGAUCAGAACUUCUGAGAUUUACUUCAAUUUCCAUUCUCACUAGGGCCUGCUCAGUAUUGUGUGGUCUCUUGCUCUGUGGUUAUGUGUGGCUCACCCUGGAUACUUAGGAUGGUGACCUGUACUUGUAAGGGUUGAGGCUACCCUGUGUAAUACAGCAGGUAGGACUUCAGUCCUAGAGAUUUCCAUGGUUUUGAUGCCACCUCUCUUUCCUGCUUGUCAAAGAAGAAAAUGUGCCUGGUGUCUGAGCAAAGUUUAGGUCCUUGGGCUUCCUUGUGCCAAGGCACAGGAGAAAAGGCUGCAGAAGGGAUGGCGGAACUGAGUAUAUAUAAUGCAUUCUGGAUACUUCCUCCAUAUAUUUUUGUACACUGAAAAUGAUUAACUGAGACUUUUUUCUUUUUAUAUUGCCUUUCUUAGUGGAUCCUGGUAGAUGGAAUCCUAAGACAAGUUUCUACUAUCCUUCCCUAGACUAAGGUUUCUGCUUUUUGCUAUUAGUCCAGUACUGCUGGUCAGGCUGAGAUCUUAGCACUGGCAGAGCCCUCCUUAUCUUCAAAAACUUUGCCUUGGGCCCACUGACAGAAGAAUAUAAGGGGAAACAGUGGUGGAAGCCCAAAGAAGGGCAGGCCCACUCCCUUAGCCUGUUAUGGGCUGUGCAAGUUCCCUGGGCCAGGCCUAAAUUGAAGGCCUGGAUUACAUAUUCUUAACAUGACAAGUGCCAUUGUGGCAGCUAAUAAUCCCUUUUAGGGUCCCACUUCCCUUGAGUUUUGAGGCUACAGUGUCCUCCAUGCUCCAUAAGAGCAAUAGACAAAGCCCACCCCCUUGGGCUGAGGCUUCAACUCACCAGCAGCAGCUUGGCCUUGCUUUCUAGGCUACAUAGCCUGUCAGGCUGGUACCAGAGGGAAGAAGCUGUUACAUGAUUAUGGUAGUGACUACUCCAAAGUCAGAAAAUGGAAAAAUGCAGUAAGAGCAAAUGAAACAUUUUUAUAUGGAUCAAUUUGUUGUUGUUAUUCAUUAAAACUGAUUCUCUUUCGUA